AUGACAUCCAAUAUUGCUGAUGAAAUUAAUAUUGCUGAAUCACGUGUAAUUGAAUUGGCAGAUAGUAAGAAUCCAACCGGAAAGGUUUGGCAAAAGAUUGAUGAAAAGAAUGGAUGUACAGCAGAAUUUGCUGAGCCUCCACCACAUACUGGAUCUUACAAGGUUACCUUCUUAAUGUCUGGAUUGACACCUGAACAAGUUGCCAAUGUAUUGUGGGAUAGUAAUCAUGUUUUAAAAUUGAGUACUUCCCUCUCCGAAAUUAAAUCAUUGAAAAAGGUUGAGGAUAUUGAAGUUGUUGUUCACUCCCAUAAAUCACCUGCAUUUGGUGUUUCAAAGAGAGAUUAUUUGAUUUGUAGAAGAUUGAAAAAGAGAGAAGAUGGAUCAAUUGUUUUAUGUCAAAAGAGUGUUGUAGAUAAUGCAUUGUAUCCAGAACAAUCAGGAUAUGUUAGAGGAGAUUUGUUAGUUUCUGGUUAUGUCAUUAAACCAGUUAAGAAACCAAACGAAACAACUGCUACUAGUUGUCAUGUAACAUAUGUUAUUCAAACUGAUGUUAAGGGAUGGAUACCAGAUUUUGUUAAAAAGAUGGCCAAUUCUCAAUUGUGUUCUCAAUUACUUGAUCUCUAUUCAUAUGUAAAGAAAUUGUUGGGUAUUAACUAA